GGCGGCGCCCGCGCCGCGCCCCCGCGCCUCGCCCGCCCCCGGCAGCAGCGGCAGCGGCAGCCUCAGCACCUCCGCCAGCUCCACCGGCAGCUCCAGCGGCAGCACCAUGGACCUCUCCUUCAUGGCCGCGCAGGAGCAAAUUGGUUAAAUUGCAGCUAAGUUCUGGGUUUCAGCUCGAGGCAUGAUCAUGGGUUCAGCAUAUUGAUGCCUAACGGAUUCAAAAGUGUGUAAUGGCUUUAAGAUACCUAACCCCAAAAUCAUCUUGGAUAAUGCAGCUUCCUGUUAUGGGAGGAGCCUUUAUGGACUCACCCAACGAGGACUUUAGUACAGAUUACUCCUUGUUUAACUCAUCAGCCAACGUCCAUGCAGCUUCUUCCAUGCAGAAUCCACCAGAAGAGACAUCCCGUUCCUCAAAUGAUGCCAUAUUGUUAUGGAUUGCAAUAAUAGCAACAAUUGGAAAUAUUGUGGUUGUGGGAGUGGUGUAUGCCUUCACCUUCUAGCAUGACUGUCACUCCUAAUGCUGGAAGAGAGGAUAACUGCAACAGUAUUUGUCCUGUGUAUGUACGUGUGUGUAUAUAUAUAUAUAUAUAUAUAUGUAUAUGUAUAUCUAUAUAAAUACAUAUUGAUAGGGACUUUAUUAAGUGCUAGCACAAUCAUGGAAAUGAAAUACCAGUUUGUCAUCUUGAAUCCUGAUGGCAGAAAAUUUGCAUGCAGUUGCAAACUGUAUGGAGAUGAGAGCUUUAAUUGAGAACACAAUCAAUACCAGUUUUGUAUAGAAAUAUAAUAGAGACCAAUGUGGGUAAGGUAAAUACAAAGAGAAAGUGAGAUUUACACAGAAAGCGUUUAUUUUCUACUGGUUAGAUUUUUCUAGCAGCUCUUCUGCAUUUUGUCAGCUUUUGUGUGCACUUUUUACUGUGGUAUAACGUUGUAUGAAAUUGUGCUAUGUCAUGUUUGCUGGAUAUCUUAGUUUUCCAGAUGGACUAACUGAUUGGCAUUGGCUCAGUUCCAACGAAGUACAAGAUCAUUGUGUGUGACUCUUCAGGACAUGCGUACACUGCGAGGCUGUGCUCAGCAUCAUAAGUCUUAAAGCUGUGAAAGGCAGGUGCAUGCUAUCUGAUACUUGUCUUCUGAUCUCUUUCUCUGGAUCUGAUAAUCAAUGAUUUGAUGCUAAAUUUGUCUGCUGUUUGCAGGAGGAGGCACAUCUAUUCCAAGAUGUGCCUGGUCUGCAGACUCUGCUCUCCAGGGGAGGAGGUAUUAAACAAAGCAACUGCACAAUCUCUCAUUUCUGUCUAGAGAUACUCAGUUGCAGUAGUUUGUAACUGUGUCCCUUCCAAGAAGCAAAAGCCAAAUACCAUGCUUUUCAGCUCAUUUCACUGUAAUCAAGGUUUCCCACAGCAGUCGUAUACUUUCAUAAGCUUAUUGAUGUAUCAAAAGAAUAUGGGGAAAUUGUGAAGGCUCAUUAACAGUGAAUUGUGUUUACGAGAAAACUGGACUCCAAAGAAAGAUUCGAUGCUUCCUGUGCUCACUUGGGAGUGAGUGCAAAAGUCAGGUAUGGCAUAGGGUAGAAACAGCAGAAAAAAAGGCAGCAAAUGACAGAUAUGCAAGUGCUUGCAUUUCAGUAUUAAUAUGUCUCUGAGUUCUGGUGAAGUGGAUUUUAGAUAGCCUGGUUAAGGUAGCAACACUGAUGCUCAUUUGGAUUUGUUCUGUUGAAAGGUAAUAUUUUCACUGCAUUGUUCCCAUGAGCAGUUCAAGGGCUGUAUCUUUUCAAAACAAGGUGUAGCUUUCCUUGGUGCAGAGAUUCUAAAACCUUGAGGGAAGAAAACAAAAUGACUUCUGUUGGAAACCUCCCCUAUCCCCCUUAAAAAUGAACACACAUAUAUGAAAUGUCUUCACUUUGAGAGCAGCAAAUUCUUCCUCUAUGUCUUCGUGUACAUGUAUAAAUUUUCUGUCUCAUACAGCUACUACCCUCAUUCCAGAAAGCCUUGUCUGAAGGCACAGAGACUGUUUUUGACACUUGCCUGCCACUGAGCUUGAGGCUGGACUAAAGCUGCUGAAUGUAUACAGAGGUUUGGAUUUUCUUCCUUACUCUUGGAACCCAUUUUUCUGUAGGCCUGGUGGACAGUUGUUAGUCAAAACAGCAUACCCACAAUUGUUAUUUAUAAUCACUCAGUAAUCACUGUGUAUGUAUUUUUUUUCCUCUCUCUAGGAACAGACUUUUAAAGGAGGGAAAGAUGCAAACAGAGCUAGUGGGGAGGAGAAAAGAAGCUAAAUUAUUUUGAGAAUUAGAACACAACAUCAACGCACUUGAGGACCUGAUCUUCUAUAUGUAUAUUUAUUUUCCAGUUUGGAGACAGGAUUUUGUUAAAAUAGUUGAGGUUAGAUGAUAUCUAUGCCACAAGAAAGUCCAAUUCUGGAAGAUAAACUGGGCAGAAACCAAAUUCUGUCUAAUAACAUAGAUACAGUCUCAAUAAUGAUACAAAAAUGAUGAUUUUCACUGUCCUAAAAUUACCAUUCUUUCCUUCAUAGGCAGAGGAAAAUACAUAACAGGGGAGCUGCAUAAAUUGUGUAUCUUUCUUAUUCUUACGCUCCUCACUCUUACUGAGCAGAGGGGAAGCUAUUAAGUGAGGCUGAAGGUUGCAAGGCAGUUUCCAAUGCAGCAGAACUGCACAGGACAAGGUCUGGUGUAUUGAAGCUGUAAAUAGUGCAUAGUGCAAUGUACUAUCUACAACCCUUUUAAAAAAAUGUUGUAAUUGUAUCAAUUGCUGAUAGAUUUUUCUGCAUUGUUCCUCAAGGCUCUGCAGUGAAGCCACAUCUUAUAAGCACUGUUUUCGCAUGAAGAGCAAAACAUUUCCACCAUGAUUAAAACCAGUUUCACACUGUGGUACUUGCCCGAUGGGAUUAUUCUACUGCUUAAUGAAUUUGCAAAUAGACUGUUUAAAUUUCCUAGACUAUUCAUCUCACUGCAAUUAGCAAUGUUUACAUCUCUCUCCUAAAGCACUGAAUUCUUCACCCAUGAAGAAGUGCAUUAGAGUGGGAACAGCAAAGAACUGCCACUCUGCUAAUGAAACCAAGUGACAUUUUUGUGUUGUUUUUCCUGAAGAAAGUGCCCUGCUUUCGUGUGAAAUUGAUAGCAAUAGCAGGAGUGUUGGAAAACAGUUCUGUCUCUCCCUCAUCCAGAUCAUCAUCAUACAGAUUUUCAUCAUUAGAGGUUGAGUUGUCAAGAAGUACCAGAUAGAACUUAAAGUAAUUGGUGUGACAGGGUGACAUAGGCAAACUGGGUGCAGACAAGCAAGUACAUACAUUUCCUGUCUCAUCAUUAAACUGCACACUAAUUGCACAGCUUUUCUGUUGAGAAAAAAAUAGUUUCAGGAUAGAGGUGCGAGGAUAUCACAAGUGAGAGUCUUUACAGUAUAUUGCCAGAUACAUUAAAGAUCCUUAAAACACUGGGCAGAGCUGGUUCAAACUAAUUACUUUGGUAGUAAUAACAUGCACAGUAUGUUUCUGAAUGCUGUGUUCUGGCUUCAUCCACUACAACUGCUUCUGUCUUCUGGAAGGUUUAAAUUCAACCACUGAAAAAGAAGAAUCAUUAAGUCCAGACAAGCCAUAGAGGAGAGUAGAGAAGUGGAUGGAUGGCAGAUGUCUCAGGUAUGGUACUAUGGAAGGUGUUGCCUCAUCUUUAUGCGGAUGCUAUUCCCUGGACUGUCAGUGCAGCUUGACUUGGAGCAUUGUAGCUUCUUUCGUUGGAGCCAGGUAGUUGAGUAACUGCUGUUGCUCACUGAAAAGUGUGACAAGGAAGCCAAAACGUUCCUCAGAGCUGUUUUCUGAGGCUCUUUUGUAAAUGCAGAAGUAAAUGCUUUGCUGAGUACCAUAUGUACCACUAUGAGAGACUCAUCUGCUACGAAUAAUGUAUUUAGCCUCUGAGUGGGCAAGUUGGGUGAUAGAUACCUCAGAAGUAAUAAAAUCUUCGCUCUAAAAUCAUUGUUUGCAAUAAGGCUUGAGGGCAGUCAGCAUCCCACCAAACUGCUGAGCUAUCUUGUUAUUGCAGGCUGAAGCAGCUGUUAAUCACAAUUUUAAACAGUGUGUCCAUGUGAAGAUAAAGGGAAAAUAACUCUUUUUGUUUGGGGGCAAAAAAAACCAGGCAUCUUUAAUUUGUAAAUUGUUACAUAUUUUGUCUAUUAUUAGAAGCUUUUGGUAUUUUUUAACAACUCAAAUUUUUAAUAUUCUCUUCAAAUGUCUCUGCAGGCUGCUGAAAGUUCCUAAUUUCACAUAGCUUUGUCCAGUUAUCCCAUCUAAUUUUACUGUAUUUCACGUGAGUACUAUCAGAGUAGAAUUUGGCAAACUAGGCUUUUUCUAAGGAUAUUUCCAUUAUUGAGCAAAAUAUGCCAAAAAUCAAAAUCCCAGACCAAAAUGUUUCUGCACUUUCAGAGCAUUCGGAGCUCUGGAGAUCUGGGUUUCAUCUGGAUAACUCACAGAAAGGUAAAGGGCAGGCAGGUCCCUGGUGAUAAUGUCAGACAUCAGGGUUUGGACAGGCAGAGCUAAGUGCUUCAUUAACUCCUGCUCUGCCUCUCUGAGCUGCACUGGCUUCCUGGACAUGUCCUGAGCUGAGUACAGCAUGUGCUUCCUCAUUCUACAUCUUGUUAAUCGAUGGGGAAACAAGUGCAAUUAUUCCAUAUUUAUUAUAUAAGCCAGAGAUCAAUAUUCUGUUAGGUACAUUAUUAUUAAUACUUUGGAAUGCCACCUAUAAACUAAAGACAGGAAUAGUUUAACAUGUGGUUAGCUCUUUGCCCGUGGUCUGGAAACAUCCUGAAGAACUCAGAGCAUCCCAAGGCCUUAAAGUCUCCUACUGAUCUUGAUCUGACACCAAUGCUUUGUGUUUUCUCAUACAAACCUCUCUGCCAUUUAACUUGUCUUUCCAGCUUGAAGCAGUGAAAAUAAAGUCAGCACUGUGCUGUUCUCUGGAUGCAUAAGGAAUUCCUAAUAGCGAAAGAACAACCACGUCUUGUUUUAGUUUUUGGCCUUGCAGGCACAAAGGAGGAGAAAAGUCUCCAGCUGUCUACCCAGGAGAGUCUGGGGGAAUAUAUGCCUUGGUAGAACAAAAUGGAUGGCAUUUUUAUCUCAUCUUGGCCUGUACCAGAGUGUUUACACUGACAACAUGGCCAGAACUUCUUUUGCAGCAACUCCUUUUGGUAAUUACAGCAACACAGCCAGGAACUGGAAAAGAAAACACCUCUGGUAACACAAACGUGACACAUACCUAGUCAGCUCAGUGGCAUCCCUCUGAAGGCAGAUUUGCCUGAAUGACAUAGGCAGACUUACUCUGUUGGUACCAAGGCAAAUACCAUUCCAUAUGAGCACAAAUUAUCUCUCCAUCUUGUUGAAAAAAUUUGAGACCCAUUCUCUCUUUGCCUGUGCAGGCUGCUAGUGAAGGUAUUUUUCAAUUGUAGAAUAUAGUAAAAAAGCUUCACAUACUGAUAGAAUACAUAUAAUAUUUACCUUCUAAAGCUCUUCUCAGUCUCCCUUGAAAAACAAAACAAAACAAACAAACAAAAAGAAAAACCCAACCAAAAAUCAUUGAGCAUUGAAUGGUAAUGAGUCUAGUUGCAUCUGUAUGGUAGCAUCAGCUCAUUUUAGUCUAAAGCCUUAUGCCAGCAGAUCUUGGAGAGGAUCUCACUGUUACCCAGACUUUAAAAAUGCUAAGAACAGAGGCAAGUAAUUUCUCAAGAAUGUCUCAAAAUUCACUGGCCAGUUCUUUAGGCUGCAUCAGUCCUCUCUUAGCAUCCAUCCCUUUAAACCCAUUGUCACCAUCACACAUCUCUAUGCCUUCAUUUUAUUUCUUCCUUUGUUUUCUCUACGUUCUUUUCAUUCCCUGAUAUCAGAACAUGCAAGCAUUUGGAAGCCAUAAUGUUCUUCAGCCCUUUUUAACCUCCUUGACUGAUAAUAAGGCUAGUACAAGUAAAGAUUCAUUACACUAAGUGCAUAUAAGCUCUCUUCCUGUAGGAAGACCUUAAUCACUGACUGCCUUAGCAAACUGCAAAGAAUUUUCCCCAAGCAGAAGAGUAAGAUGUGCCAUGAAUCCUGGUAACUGCUUUGUCAAUAUCUAUACAACCCAAAGCUCCUUUUAGAUAUUCAGAUUUUAUAACUAAACUUCCCUCUUCCGCAGUCAGCAUUUACUGAGCUUUUCACAGCCCAAAGUACUUUGUUACUUUUAGAAACUCAGGAUGAGUGGUAGUGCACUUAGGGUAAGGCAAGGGGAAGAACAGAAGAGCUCUGUGUCGUUUAUUGUAGGGCCUUGGCCACUAAACCCUAGCCUAUUCAGUAAAGAAAAAGAACCCAAAUAUGCUAAAGCCAUUUCAAAUUUAGUAACACCUGUAGUUCUCAGAUGCCCAGCCAGGCUGCUACAGCCAGAUGAAGCAUUUCUAAGUCUUAGUGUAAUCCUUCCAAAAGCAAGUGUAUUCCUUGUCAAGGACCAAGAGCUGAACUGCCUCCCUCACAGGUCCCUGCUUUUUCUGGUAUUGUUUUGGGAGCUGGUUGCAUUUCCUGUGGAGUUCAGUCCCACUGAGGAGUAAAUGCAACUGAACUGCUCACAGAUCUAGUCCUAAAACUUCUCAGUUACUGCCUUUAUGAUGAUUGAAAUUCCUGAUGCUGCAAGCUGAGGGACCUUUGCUUCCACCUGGAGUCAGCUGCAUUAAUAACACUUCAUAGUUCUGAUGUAUGCAUCAAUGGAUCAACUUGCAGGACCAGCUCUGGGUUGCUGGGGUUUUGUUUUAUUUUAUAUGUAAUCUAAAGAUAUCUGUAAUUUCAUAAUCAGAAGAAAGCAAGCAAGCAGGAUGCUGUAUUUUUGUAAAUGAGAAGAUAAUAAGAAACAAGUCAGAAUAUUUUGAUAGACAUGCUGGAAGGGCAUAUAAUGUGUUGAACAGUUGCACAAUUUUUUCUAUUACCUGAGCACCUCGCCUGAGAAAUACUUUUUCUUUCUUUAACAAAGAUCUCUUUCAAUUCUGAAGUUUCAGAGUUUGAAAGGAGUGGACUGCAAAGCUUCAAUGACAUUUUAAACUAAUGUAAAUAAAUCCAGUAGCUAGCUUUGUGAGGUAGCUUAUAACCUUUAGGUUUUGGUUAUCUCAAAUAUUGGCUCAUUUGGUUUCAUUUUUUUCUUCUCCAAAAUAAGCUAAAUAGUGACACUUCUGAAAGCAUCUGUACUUCAUACAAAAUUACUGUCAUAUGGAAAUGACAUCCUUCAACUCAUGUAAAACAGCUUUACAGGAGCCCUUUAGUAUCUGUCAUGACUUUUCCUACUAGUUCUUGACAAUUUAAUUCUCUGGUACUUUCUGUCUGCUACCCUGUUGUGUGCACUAGCAGGUUGGCAAAGCUUCUCUAUGUUGGUUUUGUAAUGUAUGGGUUAGUUUAAAGAAAAACCUGUACUCUUGUAGUCGUUGUUCUUGAAAUGUGGGUCUGUGUCUGUAAAGACAAAAAGGACUUUAAAAAUGCCCUCUCUUUUCUCUAACUUUACUGUAAUUGGCAAGCCUGGUUACCAGAAAUGUAUUCUUUUAAGCUCCUAUUACAUUGUUUUCCACUUAUUGACUGCUUUCACUAUGUGUGUACUUAGUGCUGAUUCUCUUGCUAUGGUGAAAAUGACAAGUUUUGUUAAUAUGGAAGUUGUGGGUUUGGAUAAAGUUCUUCAAACUGA